AUGUCAACAGCACUUAUAGGAACAACGGAUGCAUUAAUUCCCUUGUUUGGGGGAUUAUAUAAGGUUAAAGAAAAUAAGUUUAACCUACAUAGACAAUUGAUUAAUUCUAAAAAAGGAAAAUUAACUCAUUAUCAUAGAAAUAAUUAUGACGAAAUGAGAAAAAUAAUAUUAAUGUAUCAGGAAAAUGAACUUAUAAGUUUUAAGAAAGGAAGGUACAAUAUUAAAUAUCAUUCUGCAUGA